AGAAGAAGCAAACGACUAUAUAUACACAUAGGCAUCCCAUUCCUCACUCAGAAAAGACCAUUCUACUUCUAUAAAAAGUGAGAGAGAGUGAGAGCCUCACAUAAAUAAUUGAAAGUUCUCUUAGUAAAAUCAUCUCAAAAGAAAUAGUUUUAGUAACCAAUAAUUCACUUUGUUUCUCAAGGUCACCCAUCAUCAUCAACAACUGACUACACGUUGAUUGACUAAGAGGAGAAAGCUCGACCAGAGUGAAGUGAUACGUGGUGAGAUCUGACUGGUUCGUUGGAGAUAAUAUGGUGAGAACGACGUGGUUCGACGAUGAUGGGAUGAAGAAGGGAGAGUGGACGGUGGAGGAAGACCGGAUGCUCGUGGCUUACAUCAACGAAUACGGUCUCGGUGACUGGCGUACCUUGCCUAAGAGAGCCGGUCUUCAGAGAUGUGGAAAGAGUUGUAGAUUAAGGUGGCUGAAUUAUCUAAGGCCUGGAAUUAAAAGAGGCAAGUUCACUCCUCAGGAGGAAGAAGACAUCAUCAAAUUUCAUUCCCUUCUUGGAAACAGGUGGGCAGCAAUAGCAAAGCAAAUGCCAAACCGAACAGACAAUGACAUAAAGAACCAUUGGAACUCAUGUCUGAAGAAAAGACUCGUUAGAAACGGAAUCGAUCCUAUCACCCAUAAGCCUAUCGUCAAAGCCACUCUCUCCUCCUCAACGACGUCGUCUCCAACACUAACCCCUUCUUCGUCGUCUCCAACACUGACCCCUUCCUCGUCGUCUUCUUCUACUUCCCCUUUUUCCACCACAGGCUCUGCACGUCUACUUAACAAACUUGCUGCUGGAAUCUCUUCGAGAAAACAUGGACUCGAUAGGAUCAAGAAUGUGAUCUUGUCGGAACCAAGACAAGCCGUUGAAGAAAAUGAGAUGAUGAUGAUAAGCAGCAAAGAAAAGGAGGAGGAGGAAGUGAUUGGUUGUUCAAUGGAGAUUGAUGAGAAUCUUAUCAGUACGACUUCGUUUGAUGAGUACUUAACGUGUGACUUUACUACUACAGCUACGACUAGCUUCGGGGCUGCUUUUGAUGACUACUCGUUAGUUGAGCCAUACGAUCUAUACCAAUCUGAUUUCUAUCAUGAGAUUAGUGAUGAUCAACUUGACAUGUUCCUACUUUAAUUUGAAGUUCACUCUCUUGAUGUAUUAUUUUCUUUGUAUCCGUUGUUAGUUCAGUGUGACGAAAGAGAGUGAGAUUCCGAAAAAAAGGCAAGUGCUCACUACUAAAAAUGACAUGUAUGGUCAAUGUUGCUGAGUUUUGACAUGUUAACUUUUUUAGUUCGAUUACCCUCUCUCUCUAUCUCUUACACUUACACAUUACACAUGCUUAUUAUCAUGAGCCCUACACCUACAUACACAUUUAGGAUGUCACGCCAUUCCAGUGAAACACUGACCAUCGAGUACUAUAUUGCCAUAGGUAUUGUCAUAAUUUUCACAACGGUGUGUAGUUGAAACUUGGUUUUUAUGUGUUAAAGAUUCC